AUGAUCCCCAUCAGCCCUGGCAGACAGAAAAUUCCAGUGGCCUGGGAGGAAAUGACAGAAACGCCUUCCCCAGAGACAGGACUGAGGGUUUUCCAACGAGCUUUCACCAAGGCCUCCCCGAUUGUGAAGAAUUCCAUCACGAAGAAUCAAUGGCUCUUAACACCCAGCCGGCAAUAUGCCACCAAGACAAGAUUUGGGAUCCGGCCUGGGAAAACUGGCCAAGAACUUAAGGAGGCAGCAAUGGAACCAUCAGUGGAAAAAAUAUUUAAAAUUGAUCAGAUGGGAAGAUGGUUUAUUGCUGGAGGGGCUGCUGUUGGCCUUGGAGCAUUGUGCUACUAUGGCUUGGGAAUGUCUAAUGAGAUUGGAGCUAUUGAAAAGGCUGUAAUUUGGCCUCAGUAUGUGAAGGAUAGAAUUCAUUCUACCUAUAUGUACUUAGCAGGGAGUAUUGGCUUAACAGCACUGUCCGCCCUGGCAGUGAGCAGAACUCCUGUUCUCAUGAACUUCAUGAUGAGAGGCUCUUGGGUGACAAUUGGUGCAACCUUUGCAGCCAUGAUUGGAGCUGGAAUGAUGGUACAAUCAAUACCAUAUGACCAGAGCCCAGUCCCAAAGCAUCUUGCUUGGUUACUACAUUCUGCCCGCCAGAAUGGAGAAGGAACGCGCACGAUCGGCCCUGGAAGACGUGGGCUGGCACUGUCAUUGACCAGCUGA